AUGGUGUCGAAAAUCGAAGAGUUAAGUGUUAGUGAUGUUGUCAAAAUAUUACAUAGCUGUGAUAAAAAUGAAUUUGUUGAUUUCGUUAAAGAGAAGCAGGUGGAUGGAAGGAAAUUAUUGGAAGUGACUGAGGGAAUCGUUAAGUUAUGGCGCCCGAAAGCCAACGCCAACGAUUUAAUAUCAUUUGUCGACAACAUGAGAACUGAACCAAGUAAGUAUUUGAAACACUCAACUGACGACAUCAUUAUAAAAGAAACUAACUUAACUGAUAGUCAGUACCAAACUGUUAGUGUGAGAAAAAUAAGUCAACAAGAACAAGUCACAAACAAUUUCAGCAGCGUCGAAGACAUUUUGAAGAAAAUCGUCGCGCCAAAGAGCUUUCUCUACAGGAACAAAAACAAAACGUCUUCCUAUGUACCGAUGGACGGUGCAGGGAAGAAAACAAAAAAGUUCUUUCGCCUAAGCUCCUACGAAUAUCCGAUUUUCGAUCUUAAAUCGAGGUUCAAUAAAGUCGACAAUUCCGACAGAGGUUACUAUUCAGUCAAAGCGAAUAAGUGCUUACAAAGACCUAAAAAAUUGGACGCGAGAAACAAAUAUAAGUCUCUACCCACACCGGAAGUAAACGAACCACUCUCAGAAGAUCAUCUUUACGAAGAUUUGUGUUAUCCCGUGGUUGAAACGAAAGUAAAAGAUAACAACCAAGCCAAGCCCUGUAUAAGUAAAAUACAAGAGUUAUUUCAAUCUUUCAAGUUCCCCUUUUUCAAAAGAUUAGAAGAAACGGUGGAGAGUAAUAAUGAAGUGAUUAAAAGUGAAAAAGAUGGUCAUAUUUAUGAAAACAAUGAUAGCAUGGGUGAUAUGUAUGACUCUGUACAUGUUCAAAAGGAAGAGAAGAGUAUUGAUCAGACAACCCUAGCAGUAGAAGAGUACAUGGUACCAGUUAGUAUAGAAAAGGACUAUUGCGAUGUCUGCCUGAGGCAGAAAGAAGAUUCUCUUUUGGGCUUCAUCUUGAACUACUUUGAGACACGAUUCGGAAGGCGAGAAACGAACGAAGCGCAGUCAGACAUAUCGGAAGUGGAGCCAUCUUGUGACGAGGUGAAAUGGGAGCGCAAGCCCAACAUGGCGGCGCGCCCGCUUCCUGUGCCAGUUGAGAACGAGCCGUUUUACAUGAAUAUUGAUAGACAGGAGGCAGAGAACUUGCUGCUGGGGCAACCCGAUGGAACCUUUAUAUUACGCCCAUCUAGUCAACCAAACCACGCCUAUACUCUAAGCGUUUCAUGCGCAAACGCAGUACAUAAUGUCGGUGUGCGCCGGCGACCAGAUGGUCGGCUGGCUUUAGGAUUCGCUCGGCGUGGCGAACGAAGCUUCGCAACUGUAGCAUCAUUGUUACAACACCAUAAAAAACGCCGCUUGCUGCUAGUUGCUGCUGGCGAUCUGAUCGGCGCGACAACUCUAACUGAUACCCCCCAGUAUUAUCAGACACCGAAAAAUAUUCCCAUUGGUCGUAAAGUAGCGUUAUAA